CCUCAAAAAGUUCUCUCUCUCUCUCUCUCAAAAGCCUAACUUAGCUUACCCUAGAGAACUCGAAUAUUAAAAAGGAAAACCUAGUACCAAACUAGCUAUAAUUUUAUAUACACACAAAAUAUAAAAUAUUACUGAACUAUAUUUUAAAUAUUAUUACCAGUUGAAAGAAGAAUGGGAAGAGGGAAGGUGGAGCUGAAGAGGAUCGAGAAUAAGAUAAAUCGACAGGUAACAUUUGCAAAAAGAAGGAAAGGGCUGCUAAAGAAGGCGUACGAGCUCUCAGUUCUCUGUGAUGCUGAGGUUGCUCUCAUCGUCUUCUCCACCCGUGGAAAGCUCUCUGAGUUCUCCAGCGGCCCUAGCAUGGCGAAGACGCUUGAGAGGUAUCAAAGAUGCACUUAUGGAGAACUGGGAGCAAGUCAAUCUGCUGAGGACGAACAGGUUGCCGAUAGUUUCUCAUUUGUAAUUAGCUUUAAGAUGGAUACAUCUAUUACCUGCAAUGACAUAAGUUUGAGUAGAUACCAAGACUACUUGAAGCUAAAAACGAAAGUAGAGGCCCUACAACGCACGCAGAGACAUUUUCUUGGGGAAGAUUUGGUUCAUUUAGGCAUGACGGAGCUUCAGCAGCUUGAGAAUCAACUCGAUAUGUCAUUGAAGAAAAUCAGGUCCACGAAGACCCAAUUUAUGCAUGUUCAGAUUUCUGAGCUUCAGAGGAAAGAAGAAAUGCUGCUGGAAGCAAACACUGGACUGAGAAGGAAGUUGGAAGAAAGUACUGCUGACCUUCAACGAUCAUGGAAUAGCCAUCACCAGGCUGCUCAAUUAGAAGGAUUCCCUGAGCAUUUGCAAUUCAACAAUACAUUGCAGAUCGGCUACAGUACUCCAGCAGUAACAAAUGAUGAGGUGAAUGUAGCAACGUCAUCGGAACAAAGUCGUCGGGGAUUCAUCCCUGGUUGGAUGCUCUGAAUUUAUAGGCAUCAUGCAUCAAUCAAAGAGUAAAGUGGUGUUGUUUCACUUAUUAAUAAUUUGCUGCCUCGUAUCUUUAAUGUUAUAGAAGGGUUCAUUCAUUCGUGAGACUAAUGCACAAGAACUGAUCACGACUGUUCUGCCCUAAGAAUUUCAUUUGGAUUUUACCUUUUACCAAUGAGUAGUAUAAAACGCUUGUGUGGUGUUUGUGAGACAGAUCAAACAAUUGAACACUUGUGCCCUA